UAAUUUCUUUGUUUGUUAUAGGGAGAAGGUAAAACUGCUUUGUUGGAAUGUCUGAUGAAGAAAAGUGGUGAACAUUUUCAAAACAGUCUUGGAUUGAAUACAUACAAAUGGGUUUUAGAACGUUCAGCUAAAAGCCUCUUCUCUUUUGAUGAAAUAGCAUCAAUAACAUUUAAUGUGUGGGAAUUUUCACAAGCAAAAACAUUCCGUCCCAUCCACCACAGUUUUAUCACACCAAACAGUCUGUACCUGUUAGUGUGGGACUUGAGGAAGAAAGUUGAAAAUCUUAAACAGUGGCUGCAAAGUAUUGAGGCUAAAGCACCACGUUCUUAUGUGAUCAUCGUGGGUACUUUUUUGGAUCAAGUCCAGGAUAAGAAAUGCAGUUAUUUGAAAUCAGUUGAGUCCAAGAUAGACAAAUACUUAAAGAACUCAACAUACUCAUUACAUAUAGUUAAAUUUAUGGGAAUAUCUUCAAAAACUCAAACUGGAAUCAAGGAACUGAUAGCAGAGAUUUAUAAUAUUGCCAGUGAAAUGAAAGAUGCUAAAAAUAACAGAACUAAAUUACUGGAUAGAAAGGUUCCCCAGAGUUACAUAUCAUUAGCCAAGAAAAUACAAGGAAUUCAUCAAAAUCUUCAUAUUUACAUGCCAGCACUGUAUAUCUUUGAACACAGGAUGAUGGAGAUUAUUGAAGGUAUUGAAGGAAAUGAUAUCAAAACCCCUGAGGAAUUACAUAAAGCGUCCCUUUUUCUCAGUGAAAUUGGAGUCAUUGUAUAUCACAUAAGUAAUGACUCAGCUAUGUAUUUCUUCAACCCUUCUUGGCUUUGUGAUACUCUUGGAAAGAUCUUCACAGAUGAGGAAAUUCAUGGCUUUAUCAACAACAGUUGUGUUUUGCACCUGAAGAAAGCAGAUCGAGUUUUCAAAAGAAUCUUUAAAGAGACAAGUUGGUGUUACAUCAAACUUUUGGAAAGAUUUGAAAUAGCAAUGAAGCUGAAAAAAGACUUGUUGCUGAUUCCAUCAUUGCUACCAACAGAACCUCUUGGAAAAUACAUGGAUAGUGAGGGGAAGAGAGUGAGUCACUUGUACAAAAUGUCAUAUAUUCCAGAUAACUUCUGGAAUUAUUUAAUUAUUCGGAUUAUGUUAUCCAUGGAAAGAUUCUCUGAGAAAAAUGCUUUGAUUUCUCGCAAGUCCUCUUUGUUGAAUAACAGGCAGCAGUCACAAAGGUAUGUAUUUUGAAAGAUUUUUAUUGAA